AUGGUGCUUACAUUUGAAGAGAUUAAAAAACUGGCCAAGCCGGUGACCUCUGUCGAUGAUAAGAGGAAUUAUAACAAUAUUAUAAAGCUUGUAAAUGAACUGGUCGUUGAUGAUGUAGAAGAUGAAUUGAAUGAACGUAGGUUGAGGUUUGUGGUUAUGUCACUUUUCCAGAUUAUGAAGAAACUUUUUAUUCGUGGAGAUUUGACCGUGAAGGCGGGCGCAAAGAUAGAGGCUAAACAGUUUAGUCAAUGGUGUCGGAAAAUGUACGUUACUUGUAAGAGCAAGCUGUUGAUGGUAAUUUCGAGUGUGAGGGUUGAAAGUUCACUAGUUCUGGAUGCGUUGGACGUUUAUAUGCAACUGCUAGAGAUGGAAUCAGAGCAUUUUGCGUCGAAAAAGGAUGCACCUUACUUUCCCAACAAGACUUUGAGGAAACUGAUCAUAGCCUUGUGGGAAUGCAACAUCGGUGAUUCUGAGCAGGAUAAAUCGACAGGUGUCUCGAUCAAUCCAGUAGUCACAGAAUUUGUUGAAAAAUAUUACAAGAGUUAUGCUGAUAUACAGUUCUAUUUCCAAUCCGAGUUGAACGAUUUGCUGGAGACAGAGAAACCAACCUUCGCAACCAUCAGUGGGAUGGGUAAAUGGCUCGCGGUGGUGAAUCACGAUAAUCAUUGUUGCGUCGGUGAUCAGGAUUUGGAUGUGUUCGUUGCUAAUCCUCCACAGAUUGUCGAAAACGACUCGAAAUAUAAGUCUAAUUUGGAGAAAAAUUGGCUGGUUUUAUUAAGUGGUCAAUUAUCCUUACCACAAUACAAGACAAUUCUAUUAGUGCUGCACAAGAGAUUGAUACCGCAUUUCCACACUCCCACAAGGUUGAUGGAUUUUUUAACAGAUUCUUACGAUUUGCAAAGUUCUCAGGAUGGAUCGGAUAGCGUGAUACCCAUCCUUGCACUAAAUGGUUUGUUUGAACUCAUGCUACGUUUUAAUCUCGAGUACCCCAAUUUUUACCUGAAACUAUAUCAAUUGAUUACACCAAACCUAAUGCAUGUCAAAUAUAGAGCUAGGUUCUUCAGAUUAUUGGAUACCUUCUUGGCAUCUACACAUCUUUCCGCUCAUCUGAUAGCAUCUUUCAUUAAGAGACUGGCCAGGUUGACUUUAAGCUCAUCACCUGCCGCCAUUGUCUCUGUCAUUCCAUUCGUCUACAACUUACUAAGGAAACAUCCAAGUUGUAUGUCAAUGCUCCACAAUCCGCUCUUCCUAACAGACCCGUUCAUGACACCAGAACAAGCGGCUUCAUUAAAAAAAUUGAAAUCCGAGUAUGUGGAUCCAUUUGAUGCGAAAGAAGUAAACCCAGAAUCGACCCAUGCCCUAGAUUCUUCACUGUGGGAAUUCGCGACUUUAAUGGAUCAUUAUCAUCCCAACGUAGCAACGCUGGCGAAGAUAUUUGCACAACCAUUUAGAAAGCUAAACUAUAACAUGGAAGACUUCCUCGACUGGAGUUACGACUCUCUCUUAGCUGCAGAGACGUCAAGAAGGUUGAAAGUUCUGCCCACUUUGGAGUUUGAGAAAUUUGAUGAACUUUUCGCAGGUCAAAGCGAGCAAAAUGCGUAUUUAACUGGGACUUACUGGUAG